AUGGACUCACUCAGUGCCGUAAAUGCACAGUUCUGCUUUGACGUCUUUAAAGAGAUGAACCAGGACCACACGGUGGAGAAUCUCUUCCUUGCGCCCUUAAGUCUCCUCUCCGCCCUGGCAGUGAUCCUCCUGGGAGCCAGAGGUGACAGUGCCUCUCAGAUGGAAAAGGCACUUCACUUGAAGGACUUUGUAAUGACUGCAAAUUCAACCAACACAAAGUGUGCACAAGACACAGAGGUCCACACGGGCAUUUCUGCGCUCCUCUCCGAGAUCAACCAGGCCAGCCACAGCCGGUUCCACAUGGCGAGUGGAAUGUUUGCAGGAGAAGCCCAUCCUUUCCUCCCGAAAUAUUUAGACUGUAUUGAACAAUUAUACAACUUGAAACCUGAAAAUUUGGAUUUCAAAAAUAAUUUAGAAAAGUCCAGAUUGUAUAUUAACUCAUGGAUUGAAAAGAAAACAAAAGGUGAAAUCAAAGACAUCUUGGCUCCCAGCAGCCUUACCUCCUCAGACCAGUUGGUGCUGGUUAGUACUUUCUCCUUCAGAGGGAACUCAGAGUAUGCAUUUCAGAAAGAACACACCAAAGUAAUGGCUUUCAGGUUCAAUGAGUACCAAAGCAAACCGGUGCAGAUGAUGCAGCUGUGUGGGCACUUUAAACUGGGCUUCAUAGAGGAGACUCGGGCCCAGGUCCUUGAGAUACCCAACGCCCAGGAUGACCUGCGGAUGAUCAUUAUCCUGCCCCAUGAGGAAUUCAACUUGGGACAGAUUACUAGAGAAAUCUCUUAUGAGAAACUGCAAAACUGGGCAGGUGCAGGCAAGAUGAAAGGCACAGCCAUGGUACUGCACAUGCCCCAGCUCCGACUGGAGGAACAUCACGAAGAUCUGUCCUUCAUCCUGGAAGCUUUAGGAAUGACAGACAUCUUUGACAGUGCAAAGGCAGACUUGUCUGGCAUCACUUCUGCAGGAGGGCUCGCGGUGUCCAAGAUAAUCCAGAAGGUCAAGCUAGACCUUACUGCAGGGAACUCAGAGUUUGAUUUUACCAAUCAGACGAGCCCAGCGGAAGCUCCUGAAAUCAUCAAGGUGGAUCGUCCUUUCCUCUUCUUUAUCCAACACAAGCAAACGGAAACGGUUCUUUUUUAUGGGAGAGUCACCUCCCCUGAAGGAAAGGAUUGA